GCCCAAGUCGCCUCCUUUCGCUAGUCUCUCUCCGAUCGUCGUCUCACCUCUCUUUACUUUCGUCGUCCUCUGGAAUCUUACGCAUUCUCCGUCUUCCAAGCUCUCGUUGCGCCGUCGGCGGAUAGAGAUUCCGUCCAGAUUUGUUUGAGCUUCCGAUUCGCUUCCAUUCAUUGGUUCAUCAUCUCCGAACAUUUCUCCGGUCCGAUCCGUGGAGGGUGAGAAAACGCUGUGAAUGUCUGUACUCUCCAUAAGUUUAUAGAAUGGAAGACGAUGAUGAAAGAAAGCUCCCUGAAGCUGAUAUAGCUAAUCCUUUGCACAAUAGGAUAGAGGCAUUUGAUACGACUUUGCAAGGGAUCAGUUCAGCUGAUAGAGCCUUUAAGGAUGAUGAUUUUGAACAAGUUUCUCUGGGAGAUCAGGAAAAGGCUGCGAAUGAAUCUCAGGGUGACCUUCAGGAACCUGGAAGCUUUUCAAAUUCUGAUCAUGGGAGGUCUUCAUUUGGUGGCACUGAAGUAGUUACUUAUCAAUUAUCCGGGACUCAGGAGAUGUAUGAUCUCAUGCCUAUGGACGAUGUGCAAAGUGACCGACUUUCUAGCCCUGGACCUGAGAGAGAGGCAGCUUAUUCCAUGCAGCAGUCCCUUUCUGAAACUAGUCUGGAUUCUGUCCACCAUCCAGAAUCUGGAUAUUCCCCUGUUCAUUCCCCGCAGAAGCCCAAGCCAAAGGCCACUGUUCCAAAUGUUUCUCCAGAGCUACUGCAUCUUGUGGAUUCAGCCAUCAUGGGGAAGCCUGAAAGCUUAGACAAACUAAAGAAUGUUGUAUGUGGUAUUGAGAAUUUUGGCUGUGGAGAGGAGUCAGAGGCCACUGCUUUCCUUGUUGUUGAUUCACUUAUUGCCACCAUGGGUGGAGUUGAGAGUUUUGAAGAGGAUGAAGAUAGCAACCCUCCUAGUGUCAUGUUAAAUUCCCGUGCUGCUAUUGUUUCUGGGGAGCUUAUUCCUUGGCUUCCUGGUUUAGGUGAUAACGUAAAUUUUAUGUCCCCCAGGACUCGCAUGGUUCGGGGUUUGCUUGUUAUUUUACGGUCAUGCACGAGAAAUAGAGCUAUGUGUUCCACGGCAGGGUUAUUAGGAGUUUUGUUGCGAUCAGUGGAAGCGAUAAUUUCCAAGGACGUUGAUAUGAAAUGGAAUGCUGCUGCUAUUUUGCUACUAUGUAUUCAACAUUUAGCCGGGCACUCCCUUAGUGUCGAUGAUUUACACAGGUGGCUUCAAGUUAUAAAAGCCGCAAUUACAACAGCCUGGUCAAGUCCGUUGAUGCUUGCUUUGGAGAAGGCAAUGAGUGGAAAGGAAUCAAGGGGGCCUGCUUGUACUUUUGAAUUUGAUGGUGAAAGCUCUGGGUUACUUGGUCCCGGAGAAAGUCGUUGGCCCUUUACCAAUGGCUACGCAUUUGCAACAUGGAUCUAUAUUGAAUCAUUUGCUGACACAUUAAAUGCUGCAACUGCGGCAGCUGCAAUUGCUGCUGCCGCAGCAGCCAAGUCAGGGAAAACAUCCGCAAUGUCAGCUGCAGCGGCUGCGAGUGCGCUUGCUGGUGAAGGCACUGCUCAUAUGCCACGUUUGUUCAGCUUUUUGUCCGCUGAUAAUCAGGGAAUAGAAGCAUAUUUCCACGCUCAAUUUCUGGUGGUUGAGAGUGGUAGUGGGAAAGGAAGAAAGUCUUCGCUGCAUUUUACUCAUGCAUUUAAGCCUCAAUGUUGGUAUUUUAUUGGUCUUGAGCAUAGCUGCAAGCAAGGACUUCUGGGGAAAGCAGAGAGUGAACUACGAUUAUAUAUUGAUGGAUCCUUGUAUGAAAGUCGUCCUUUUGAUUUUCCUCGUAUAUCCAAGCCCCUUUCUUUCUGUUGCAUUGGCACAAAUCCUCCUCCUACUAUGGCUGGUCUACAACGUCGCCGUCGUCAAUGUCCUUUGUUUGCAGAGAUGGGACCAGUUUAUAUAUUUAAGGAACCGAUUGGUCCUGAGAGAAUGGCGCGUUUGGCGUCUAGAGGUGGAGAUGUUUUGCCUUGUUUUGGCAAUGGGGCAGGCCUUCCUUGGCUAGCUACAAAUGACUAUGUACGUAAUAAGGCAGAAGAAAGUAGUAUUUUGGAUGCAGAUAUUGGAGGAUAUACCCACCUGCUUUACCACCCUUGUCUGCUAAGUGGGAGAUUUUGUCCAGAUGCUUCACUUUCUGGAGCAGCAGGCACUCUAAGGCGACCAGCUGAGGUCCUUGGACAAGUCCAUGUUGCAACGAGAAUGAAGCCAGUGGAGUCUUUCUGGGCCUUAGCUUAUGGAGGACCCAUGUCCCUGCUUCCUUUGACCGUAAGCAGUGUGCAUAAAGAUAGCUUGGAGCCAUGUCUUGGAAAUCUUCCACUGUCUUUGUCCACAGUUACACUUGCUGCACCUGUAUUUAGAAUUAUGUCAGUCGCUAUUCAACAUCCUGGGAACAAUGAAGAGUUGUGUCGUACUCAGGGACCCGAGAUUCUUGCUAGAAUUCUGAGUUAUCUUCUACACUCACUUGCAUCCCUUGACAGGAAGCAUGAUGGAGUAGGAGAAGAGGAGCUAGUUGCUGCCAUUGUUUCGCUUUGCCAAUCUCAGAAGAUCAAUCAUGUUCUCAAAGUGCAGCUCUUUCGUACGCUUUUAUUAGAUUUGAAAAUAUGGAGCCUGUGCAAUUAUGGACUCCAAAAGAAGCUAUUGUCAUCCCUUCAAGAUAUGGUUUUCACUGAAGCAACAGCUAUGAGGGAUGCCGAAGCUAUUCAGUUGCUUCUAGAUGGCUGUCGAAGAUGCUAUUGGAUGAUUUCUGAGAAGGAUUCUGAGACCACUUUUCCUCUUGAUGGGAAUACGCGUCAAAUGGGGGAACUCAAUGCUCUGAUUGAUGAACUUCUGGUGAUUAUUGAACUUCUAAUGGGAGCAGCAUCUCCUUCUUUAGCUGCUGAUGACCUCCGUCGAUUACUUGGUUUCAUAAUUGACAGCCCACAGCCAAAUCAGGUUCAUUGCAAAUUCAAUGCCAAUGCAUCCGCCGUUUGUAGUUUGCUUGCACUAUUACUAAUUAAACUAGUUCCGUUAUUCCGUAGUCAGAUUAUGUAUAUGAAUUCUAGAAAACCAUCUUAUAAUGGUCUGCAUGGUGAAAUGUGGGUCAUUUCAAGAGAGAAUGGUCUUACAGAUUGCACUCGUCUGUGUUGGUUGGUUGUACAGCCGAAUGCUGCAAGAGCUCAGAUGUUUGCAGAGGUAUUUAUAACGUCUGGUGGUAUAGAAACACUUCUUGUUCUGCUGCAGAGAGAAGCUAAAACUGGUGAGGAUAAUGUUUUAGCUAUGGGUAGGAGUGGAAAAAGGUCAUCGACUGAUCCAAGUGAAAAGAGUCCGUACAACGAGUCUGGUUCGGUAAAACAGUUGGAUUCCAAUCCACACGAUAAUGAGAUUGGCUUUGACCUUCCUGGUCCUGAUGGAAAUUCUGUUGAGGAUGAUAAUGUUGGGUCUCUGAAUGUACCAGAGUCAGUUCGACAAGAAAAGGAGCAUGGUUCCACACCUGUCGUUUGUGAUAGUGACUCAGUUUCCAUCUCCAAUUCCAUAAAUACUGAGAGACUAUCAGCUGAAAUUGGUGGUAUAAGUCUUUCAAUAAGUGCUGAUAGUGCAAGAAAUAACGUGUACAAUGUUGACAAUAGCGAUGCUGUUGUGGUUGGGAUCAUCAGAUUGAUUGGUGCUUUAAUUUCUAGUGGGCACCUAACAUUUGAUUUCGAUGCCCGUUCUGAUGUGACAAGUAACAUCCUGGGUAGUGGGCUCCAUGAAAAUGGUGGAACAAUGUUUGAUGAUAAAGUCGCAUUGCUUCUAUUUGCUUUGCUGAAGGCAUUUCAAGCUGCUCCAAACAGGCUGAUGACUGACAACGUCUAUACAACUUUGCUUGGGGCCUCGAUCAAUGCUUCGUCAACAGAAGAUGGCCUUAACUUUUACGAUUCAGGUCAUCGCUUUGAACAUUCCCAACUUUUGUUAGUCCUCCUGCGGUCUCUACCAUCUGCAUCUAAGGCUCUACAAAGCCGAGCACUUCAGGAUCUUCUUUUUUUGGCUUGCAGUCAUCCGGAAAAUAGAAGCAGUCUGACAACAAUGGAAGAGUGGCCUGAGUGGAUCUUGGAGAUACUGAUCUCGAACUAUGAGAAGGAUGCAGGGAAGCAGUCUGCUUCAGUGGGUUCUUGUGAGGUAGAAGAUAUGAUUCACAACUUCUUGAUCAUAAUGUUGGAACAUUCAAUGCGCCAGAAAGAUGGUUGGAAGGAUAUCGAGGCUACAAUUCAUUGUGCAGAGUGGCUUUCUAUCGUUGGUGGUUCCAGCACUGGAGAGCAAAGAAUUAGGCGUGAGGAGUCACUACCAAUUUUUAAAAGACGACUUUUUGGUGGAUUGCUAGACUUUGCUGCCAGAGAACUGCAAGCUCAGACUCAAGUUAUUGCUGCAGCAGCUGCUGGUGUUGCUGCAGAGGGUCUAGCACCAAAGGAUGCAAAAGCAGGAGCAGAAAAUGCUGCUCAGCUUUCUGUUUUUCUGGUGGAAAAUGCAAUCGUGAUUUUGAUGCUUGUCGAAGAUCAUUUGCGGUCACAAAGCAAACAGACUUGUGCAACCAAUGCAGUUGCUUCUCCAUCCCCUCUUAAAAAACGUACAAGCACACUGACAGCGAUCGGAGAAUCAUCAGAGAUUUCUAGCAGCCGUGCUUCACUGUCAAGUGAUUCAGGGAAAGUCCCUUUAGAUAUACUCGCAUCAAUGGCUGAUUCAAGUGGACAGAUUUCUGCAGUCGCAAUGGAGCGCCUUACUGCUGCUUCUGCAGCUGAGCCUUAUGAAUCUGUUUCAUGUGCUUUUGUUUCAUAUGGCAGCUGUGCCAUGGAUUUGGCUGAGGGUUGGAAGUACAGGAGUCGAUUGUGGUAUGGUGUUGGCCUUCCCUCUAAACCCAGUUCACUUGGUGGUGGUGGCAGUGGUUCAGACUCCUGGAAAUCUACUUUAGAAAAAGAUGCUCAUGGAAACUGGAUUGAACUUCCAUUGGUUAAAAAAUCUGUAUCCAUGCUUCAAGCUUUGCUAUUAGAUGAGUCUGGACUCGGAGGUGGCCUUGGAAUAGGUGGAGGAUCUGGUACGGGGAUGGGAGGGAUGACAGCCCUCUACCAGUUGCUGGACAGUGAUCAGCCUUUCUUAUGUAUGCUGCGGAUGGUGCUUCUGUCUAUGAGGGAGGAAGACUAUGGCGAAGAUAAUAUGUUGAUGAGAAAUCUAAGUUCUGAACGCUCCUCAGGGAAUUCAGUUACAUUAGAUAGUGGUUCUCAGAUGUCUAUGCGACAAUCCCGAUCAGCUUUAUUGUGGAGUGUGCUAUCUCCUAUCAUAAACAUGCCAAUAUCCGAUUCAAAGAGGCAGAGAGUACUGGUUACUGCAUGUGUUCUCUAUUCUGAGGUAUGGCAUGCUAUCAGCAGAGACAGAAGACCACUUCGUAAGCAGUAUAUAGAGGCUAUUGUACCACCAUUUAUUGCAGUCCUCCGGAGAUGGCGACCACUUUUGGCGGGCAUUCAUGAACUUGCCACUGCUGAUGGUAUGAAUCCCCUUGUCGUUGAUGAUCGUGCCUUGGCUGCUGAUGCGCUCCCCGUUGAGGGUGCUCUUUCUAUGGUUACUCCGGAGUGGGCUGCUGCUUUUGCUUCACCGCCUGCUGCAAUGUCUCUGGCAAUGAUAGCUGCAGGGGCAGCUGGUUGGGAAGCACCACCACCUCCUACACCUUCACAUCUUAGGCGAGACUCUUCAAUGCUUGAGCGUAAGACUGCGAAACUUCAGACCUUUUCAAGCUUCCAGAAACCACUGGAGCCUCCAAACAACAAUGCACCACCUCGACCAAGAGACAAAGCUGCUGCAAAGGCGGCAGCUUUGGCAGCCGCACGAGAUCUUGAACGGAAUGCAAAGAUUGGUUCAGGAAGAGGUCUGAGCGCUGUUGCAAUGGCAACAUCUGCACAGCGGAGGAAUAUCGGUGACAUGGAGCGUUUACAGAGAUGGAACACUUCUGAAGCUAUGGGAGUGGCGUGGAUGGAAUGUCUCCAACCAGUGGAUACAAAAUCAGUUUAUGGAAAAGAUUUUAAUGCUUUGUCCUACAAAUUUAUUGCUGUACUUGUUGCGAGUUUUGCAUUAGCACGUAACAUGCAAAGAUCAGAGAUUGAUAGGCGUAUGCAAGAUGAUAUCAUAGCGGCAAACCGUCUAUGCUUGGGAAGCCGUGCUUGGCGAAAACUAAUUCGUUACUUGGCAGAGAUGCGAUGCUUUUUUGGGCCUUUUGGAGAUGGAAUAUGCAGUCCUGAACGCGUUUUCUGGAAACUUGAUUCUAUGGAAAGCUUUUCGAGGAUGAGACAGUCUAUAAGGAGGAAUUAUUCUGGGACUGAUCAUCACGGGGCAGCAGCAGAUUAUGACGAUCAGACAGAAACAAAAAGUGAUAAUGGUAGCAAGGGUUCUCAAUCAAAUCCUCCUGUUGUUGCUGCUGAAGUAAUAUUAAUGGAAAUAGCGUAUGAAGAGGAUGAACAUGGAGAGGGUGAUCAGCUUGAUGUCAAAGGUAAUGCUGAAGAACAUAAAAGGGAUGAAGGGAGAAUAUCUGGGUCACAUGAGCAUGCAUCCAGAACUUCAGCAGGAAACAGUGAUCCUCGAACAUCAAAUGACCUUGAAAUGGUCCGAGAUUCUUCAGUAGUAGCACCUGGCUUUGUUCCCAGUGAACUUGAUGAAAGGAUCCUUCUUGAACUUCCAACAUCUAUGGUCCGGCCACUAAGGGUUGUGAAAGGAACCUUUCAAAUUACAACAAGGAGAAUAAAUUUUAUUGUUGACAACAGAGAAAGCCAGAAUUUGGCUGAUCACUCAGAUGAGUCCCAAUCAGGUGAUCAAGAAAAGGAUCGUAGUUGGCCAAUGUCUUCUCUUCAUCAGAUUUAUAGCCGGAGAUAUCUCCUGAGAAGGAGUGCCCUGGAACUUUUUAUGGUUGACCGUUCAAACUUCUUCUUUGAUUUUGGGAAUACUGAGGGAAGAAGAAAUGCAUAUCGAGCUAUCGUGCAAGCAAGGCCUCCUCACUUAAACAAUAUUUACCUAGCAACUCAGAGGCCGGAACAGCUUUUGAGAAGAACUCAGUUAAUGGAGCGCUGGGCUAGAUGGGAGAUCAGCAAUUUUGAAUACUUAAUGCAGCUUAACACGUUGGCUGGCCGUAGUUACAAUGACAUUACUCAGUAUCCUGUUUUCCCGUGGAUUAUUUCUGACAACAGUUCAGAAAGUCUGGACCUUUCAAAUCCAUCUACCUUCAGAGAUCUUUCCAAGCCAAUUGGUGCAUUGAACCCAGAGCGGCUCAAAAAAUUUCAAGAGCGGUAUUCUAGCUUCGAAGAUCCAGUUAUUCCCAAAUUCCACUAUGGCUCACAUUACUCGAGUGCUGGAGCAGUGUUGUAUUAUCUUGCCAGAGUUGAACCUUUCACAACCCUAUCAAUUCAACUUCAAGGUGGAAAGUUUGAUCAUGCAGACCGCAUGUUUUCAGACUUUCCAGGCACUUGGAAUGGAGUUCUUGAAGACAUGAGUGAUGUGAAAGAAUUGGUUCCAGAGUUGUUUUACCUCCCUGAGGUGCUGACCAACGAAAAUUCGAUUGACUUUGGUACAACACAGUUGGGAGAAAAGCUUGAUGCUGUAAAACUUCCUCCUUGGGCCAAAAACCCAGUGGAUUUUGUACACAAGCAACGAAGGGCUCUUGAGAGCGAGCAUGUAUCUGCUCAUUUGCAUGAAUGGAUUGAUCUCAUAUUUGGGUAUAAGCAACGUGGCAAAGAAGCUAUAAUGGCAAAUAACGUUUUCUUCUACAUUACCUACGAGGGGACUGUUGAUAUUGAUAAGAUCACGGACCCGGUACAACAACGUGCCACACAAGACCAGAUAGCUUAUUUUGGGCAAACACCAUCCCAGCUGUUGACAGUUCCUCACAUGAAGAGGAUGCCGUUGAAAGAUGUCCUACAUAUGCAGACUAUUUUUCGAAAUCCAAAAGAAAUAAAACCAUAUACUGUUCAAACCCCAGAGCGCUGCAACUUACCAGCCUCAGCCAUUCAGGCAUCUUCAGAUAGUGUUGUGAUUGUGGACAUGAAUGUGCCAGCAGCUCGUGUUGCACAGCACAAGUGGCAACCAAACACUCCUGAUGGCCAAGGUACUCCUUUCCUCUUCCAUCACGGGAAGGCAACAACAACUUCAACUAGUGGAUCAUUGAUGCGCAUGUUCAAGGGUCCAGCUAGUUCUGGAACUGGUGACUGGCAAUUUCCUCAGGCACAAGCAUUUGCCUCAUCAGGAAUCAGAAGUUCGUCCGUGAUUGCUAUUACUAGCGAUGGGGAAAUAAUCACAGGUGGACAUGCGGAUAAUAGUAUCAAGCUAGUCUCAUCUGAUGGGGCAAAAACUCUGGAAACAGCUUUUGGGCACUGUGCCCCUGUUACAUGUCUGGCUCUUUCUCCAGACAACAACUUCCUUGUGACGGGUUCACGGGACAGUACUGUUUUGCUAUGGAGAAUUCACAAGGCGUUUACUUCUCGAACAAGCGUGUCUGAGCCAUCAACUGGCUCUGGAGCGCCUUCCUCCACAAGCAACACGAAUCUGGCCAAUACGUUGGCAAACAAAGGCAAAAAAUGUCGCCUUGAAGGGCCUAUACAAGUGCUCCGAGGCCAUCGAAGAGAAUUAGUUUGUUGUUGUGUCAGCUCAGACCAAGGAGUCGUUGUUUCGUCUUCUGAGUCCUCAGAUGUUCUAUUGCAUUCCAUUAGAAAAGGACGGCUGAUCAGACGAUUAGUUGGUGUGAAGGCAGAUUCUCUCUGCAUUUCAUCGGAUGGGGUUAUAAUGGCGUGGAGUAGUUCAGAAGGUUCUAUUAGCGUGUUCACCAUUAACGGUGUUCUGAUUGCCAAAGCAAAAUUUCCCCUCUUUUGUAGCGUUGGUUGCAUGGAAAUAUCCAUGGAUGGUCAAAAUGCCUUGAUAGGGAUGAACUCAUGUUCCAACUCGGAUUAUUCGAGUAGUAAUGAUACAUCGAAAGAUAGCAAAGAAAUUGAAAGACUGGAUGUUCCAUCUCCUUCAAUUUGCUUCCUCAACUUAUACACACUACAGGUAUUCCAUGUGCUAAAGCUUGGUCAAGGCCAGGAUAUAACCGCACUGGCUCUGAACGUUGACAACACGAACCUCUUAGUUUCCACAGAAGAUAAACAAUUGAUAAUCUUCACUGAUCCGGCUUUAAGCUUAAAGGUGGUGGAUCAGAUGCUGAAGCUCGGGUGGGAAUGAGAGAAAAGAAUCAAACCUCACUGAUACAGAAUGGCGGAAACUCACGGCAAGGAAAAUCUCAUGUUUGAAUACUCGGGGAAGUCAAAGGUGUAGCAAGCCGUGGAAAUCUUAAAAUCAGAUUGUGGACAUGUUUGUUCGUCUGUAACAUAUGUAAGUUUGGUUAGUCCCAGUAAAGUGAACCCGUUUCAUAUUUUUGUUUGUUCUGAUUUCGUCGGUCCAUAGUUUUUGUGAAGAUGGUUUACAGAUAUCAAAGGCUUGUUGAGUUUGUUGAGGUAUACACACACCGAAGCUUCCUUUUUCUCUCCCCCAUUGAGUUUGUUUGUUGGGUUAUACGUGUGUGAUAAAUGGUGUCUCACUGA